AUGAGCUUGGAUCAGAACCUAUUCACUCUACACAUCUCCCCAAAUGCAGAUGACCCGACGAUCGUCGAUCUGGCAGACCCAGCAGGGAAUUUGCACUAUCGCAAGCAGUUGGUGCCAGGGAACGUAUAUGUUAUCAAUGUUUAUGACCCUCUCUCUGAAUCUCUUCUGGCGACUGCCACCGCCCCGAGUGCCAUCAGCAAGCACAAGACAAUUCAGCUGCACAACCCCGAGACAAUAGUCGAGCUUAAGUCUACAGGCACUCUGUCUUUCAAAUGGAGCUUCAAGUGGGAGGAGCACGAAUUCGAAUGGCGGCGUGAGGAGUGCUUUAUCAUCCGCAAACCCGACCCUGCGGUGCUAGUCGCCGUGACGAAGGAGCCGGCGGGGCGGCUGCGCACGACGUCGAUUCAAAUGCUUGACUACAACCUGAACCGCUUCGACGUGCAGGACCGCAAGGGCCUCGAGAUCCUCAUUCUCACCGCGCUGCUCACCCUCCACGACACCAACGAGGCAUACCAUACUCCUAGUACUGAUGAGCCGGUGUCCACCACGCCCUUACUCCCGACCGCCAUCACGGGCCUCCUCGGUUUCGGCACUCGGCGCACACCGUCUGAGUCCCGCGGUGCGCCAGCGAACUUGAGUGACAGUGCCAGUGCCAGUUCAGAGGCGGUGCCCGCGCUCCCUCCGAAACCCGCACCGCGCACUGGCGUCGAACUCAUUGCGGAGAAGCAUAUGCUACGGAGCAUGCAAGGCGUGGGCGAGGCGAACGAAGUGGAGGUGGACAGCGAGGGCGCGGUGGAGGAGUACGCCGCGUACGCGGCGGGGCUGCUCAAGGACGAGGCGAUGCUCUUCAUCACCGUGCGCUCCGCCUCGGCCGCGCAGGUGCCCCGGGUCCUGCGAGUCGUCGAGGAGACGAAGCGCCUGCGGCACAAGUCGGGCAUCGCGGACGAGGAGGAGCUUCAUCAGUAUGUAGUGUACGAUACCGCGCCGGCCAAGGGCCUGCGGCGCAUCAACCUCGACGACCCGGCCCCAGCCACGAAAGGCAAGGCGUACGUCCCGCCGACGAGCCUCAUGGUGCACUUGAGCAAGAUCGAUAUGCCGGAGCUGAGGCCGCCUAUAGAGACGAAUAGAGAUCUGCGGCUCGAGGUGGAUGCGUCGUACAACGUCACCUAUACACCAGUCAGGGACAAAAGGAAGAUGACCGUGAAAGAGAAAGAGAAAUUGCCGGACAGGAAAAGGGAGAAGGAGCGAAGGAAGGCUAGCAAAGACCACGACAGAGGCACUGUACACCACCCCGAGCCUAAUAAGUCGAUGAGACCCACUGGAAGCCGUCUCUCUCCCCCGUUACAAAAUGCGUCUUUGCAUGCACCUCCGCCGUUUCCUCCGAGAGGUGCAUCUCCCGGUUAUGGGUGGAGUCCACCAGCACCUACGGGUUACCCCUCUGCUGCAUCGUACCCCCUCGGCUUUGCACCCCCACCUCCAAUUGCACCUCGUCCCCAACAUCCGUCAACUGGAAUCUUGGACUGGGCGCGACGUUAG